UUUAAGAAAUAGAAACAUUUAUAACUUCUAAUUAUAAAUUCGAUGCAGUAGUACUACCAAACAAAAUUUCCUCAUUCGCUGACGAAUCUUUGUUAUUAGAAAAAUUACGCAAUUGAAAAAAAAUCUCGAUCAAUGUAUUUUCCCCCCCUAUAUAUAUAUACAUAUAUAUACAUAUAUAUUAUAUAUAAAGUACUUAAGCUUGGCCGUACGAUAACAUUGCUUUUCAGUAAGCUUAUAUUUACAAUAGAAUCAAAACAACAUGCGUUUCGCACAGUUGUUUGUUAUUCUUAUCCAGAUACACUUGUGUUCUCGUAUCUAUUUGGUUAUUAUAAUGUCUCAUAUCCAAAGAAUUAAAAAUCAAUUAGAAUUAAGAAAUAAACGCGAGGCAGCAGUAAAAGCUGUUUUAAGUGGAAAGAAGGAUGUGAAAGCCGCUGCAAUAAGCUAUGGAGUUAAUCAAAAAAUCUUGAAUCGUAAACUAAACCUUUUAAAAGGACUGGACAAAUAUUAUGAAUUGAAAUCUAAAUUCGAAUCAGCAGUGAAGGAAUAUUUAACUGGAGGAGUUACUAUAAAAGCCGCUGCAAAUCACUAUGGAAUUAGUCAAAUAAUUCUGACGAAAGAAAUUGAACUUUUUAUAAAAGAGAACGACAUACGGAGGGCAUCGUACAAAUACAGCAGAUCUGUUGAACGUACAGCAAUUUUUACAAUUAGAGAGGAAAUUCUGUUAAUAAAGGAUUUAUUUUUCUGGAAAAAGAUGUUUCAACCAUAUUGCUUUUGUCAACUAUGCGCGAUGGAACGACUGUUGAUUUUAGCAAAUCAGUACGCUCGAAACAGAGGGAAAGUAUAUCUAGAAGAAAGGAAUGAAACUAAACUGGUAGAAUGGCUUACCAAAUUCGAAAUGAGAUUAAGCAAUUUCAUCUCAAGAAACUUUAUAUCUAAUUGUAUAAAAGUACCAACUAAAACUCAAACGUUGGCAAAUAAAUCAAAAUCUUCACUGUUGCUUGUUUCCAAAUCGGUACACGAUAACGAUCUACAGAAAAAAAAUUUUGACCAAUCGCGAAUUCGCAAUGUUAAAGAUAAAUCUACACAAACGGAUCAGGAGAUUACAUCCAUCGUUGCUGAAAAUGAUCAGCCUAUGGACCUAAGGAUCAAACAAAAACGUUAAGAGAGAGAAAUUGAAAUGUUAUCUCCAAAAGCUACAAGUUUUUGUUUAAGUUCUACGAUGCUUUUCAUAAACAAUUUUAAUGGUGAAAAAAAAAACGUUUAAAGAAAUUUAAAAGAAGAAAUACAGAUUUAGAAUAAUUC